AUGCAUUUAUUUUGGAUGUUAAUGUUAAAAAUCUCUCUUUUAAAUUGCAAAAUAGCUGAAAAAGUGUUUUUAACAGACACUUCAGGUUUCAUUACAGUAUCAAAAUCGUGGUAUAAAGAACCAUAUAAUGAAUCUAGUACUUGCGCUGGUUCUUGGGAGUAUACAAAAUCUUUUUGGCAAACAUGUUAUGGUUCAAAUAAAACUAACCAGAAUUGUUUACUUAAGUCUAAUAGUUAUAACUUAAGUACAUUCAAAGAUGUGAACACUAUUUUUGUUAGUGUUGAACUCAAAAAUUCCUUCUGUAAAACUUCAGUUCAAAAUUGUAAUUCAGCUAUGGAGUUGGCAAUAUACUUUGGACCACCAGAUGAAAAAGCACCUAUAAAUCUAUAUAAAACAGAAGUGAUUCCACGUGAAAUUAAAAAACAACAGGGGAAUGAAGAAUUUUAUUUAACUAAGGAUCUUUUUUCAUUUAAUAAUUUUAAAAAUACUGAUGUAGUUCAGGUAGCAAUUCGAGCUAGUAAUUACUGUGGGGUAAUAAUUGAUAUUAAAAUAUAUUAUUAUGUUUGUCCAACCACAACUGAUGUACUGGUUACUUUUCCGAAAAGAGCAUCUCCUCAUGAAUAUAAUUCUCCGUUGAGGAUUGAUGGAGAAUGUAUUAAUGGAUUCUUUGAAAACAACAUUAAAAGUUAUAUGGAAUGUUUUUCAAAUGGAGACUAUCAGGUUUAUGGAAAGUGUAUAUGCAAAGAAGGUUUUGAACCAAAAGAUUUUUUGUGCAGAGAGUGUAGCAGUGAAUCUUUCAAGCAGAAUGUAGGCAAUACACCUUGUCAGAAAUGUGGUUUAAAUUCAAAUUCUUAUAAUCCAUGGACAUCAUGUAUAUGUCAUCUAGGAUAUUUCAGAGCCAUCAGAUCUGAGAAGAAUUACUCAGAAACUUGUUACAAACCUCCUUCUGUUCCAGAAGAUAUAAAUGUUUUUAAUAUUACUUCUCAAUCUGCUUAUUUAAAAUGGCGUCACCCGAAGGAUGGCUCAGCUGUUAAUGGUUAUUAUUUUAUUGAAUGUGUUACAUGUUCCGAUCAAGAUACGUUUCCAAAAAAUACUACAAAAACUGAAAUUUUUCUACAUGGAUUAGGUUCAUUUGGAGAUUACAGCUUGAAGAUUAGUUACAGAAAUUUUGUAUUUAGCUUGACAAACAAAUUUUCUUCUGAAGUUGUUAAUUUUAAAACUUUAACUGGCAAGCCUGGGGAAGUUCAAAAUUUCCAAAAAAAGUUAAACCAAGAUUCUUCUGUCACCAUAUCAUGGAAGCCUCCAUUCUCAAAAGGAGGACCUAAUCUUAAAUACUCAGUCAAAUAUGAUGGUAAAGAAAUUAUUACAUUCCAAAAUUCAACCAAUAUAAAGUCAGGUGCUGAAGAUAGGACUUACAAAGUGGAGAUUAGAGCUAUUACAUCAGUAGAUGGCAAGGAGUUGUAUGGACCAGCAUUGAUGGUAGAUGUUCAAGUUAAAGGUGGAGUUAAACUUGGUGCUGCACUAGGUGCAGCAUUUGGUGUGCUGUUUUUCAUCGUUCUUCUUUUUAUUCUGGGAUUAUAUAUUUGGAAAAAAAGACAUCCUAUGUAUUUUCAAGCUGUUCGAAUGGAGGAUGGGACAGUAAAAUUACCUAGUGGACCCUUUAAAAGUCAAGGCAAAGUUUAUGUUGAUCCAACAACAUACAAAGAUGUUGAUGAUGCUGUAGAGGAAUUUGCAUAUGAACUUGAACGAAAAGAUUUGAAGUUUGGAACUUUAUUAGGUGGAGGAGAGUUUGCUGAGGUAUACAAGGGAACUUUACUAAGAGAUGGCAAACCUAUUGAUGUUGCAAUAAAGAUAUUAAAAAAUGGCGCCUCAAAACAUGACAGAGAUGACUUCUUGGGUGAAGCUGCAAUAUUAGGACAGUUUGCAGAUCAAAAUGUCAUAUGUCUUGAAGGAGUUAUACUCAGAGAUAAACCAAACCUUAUUGUACUUGAAUACAUGGCAAACGGAGCAUUAGACAAGUUUUUGCAGGAAAAUGACAAUCAGUUUACUACACUUCAGCUACUUGGCAUGGCUCGAGGGGUUGCAAGUGGAAUGAAAUACCUUUCUGAAAUGGGUUUUAUACACCGAGAUCUUGCUGCUCGAAAUAUUUUGGUUGAUGAGCUUAAGAACUGCAAAGUGGCAGAUUUCGGAAUGAGUCGAAAAAUAAAUAUAGAUGAAACUUAUGAUACAAAGGGAGGCAAAAUUCCAGUUCGGUGGACAGCACCAGAAGCAGUUCAGUUCAAGAAGUUUACGAGUGCUUCUGACAUGUGGUCGUACGGUGUGUUGUUGUGGGAGAUUAUGUCAUAUGGAGAGAGACCAUACUGGGAAUGGGGAAACUAUGAGGUGCUUGAAAGAAUCAAUUCUGGAUACAGAUUACCUCCACCUAUGGGUUGUCCAAAAGUUAUACAUAAUCUUAUGUUGAAUUGCUGGAAUAAAGAUCGGUCUAAAAGACCGAAGUUUUCAUCAAUUGUUAUCUUGUUAGAAAAAUGGAUUCGCAAUUCUGAUCUUUUAACAGAAAUUGCACCAUCCGUAGUUACAAAAGCAGAUGAAAACUUAGAUUAUUCAGUUUUAUUGACUAUAACAAAAUGGUUAGAAGCAAUUGGAAUGGAAAAGUAUGCUACUAACUUUCUUGAUAAAGGUUAUGCAACUCCUCGUCAAGUUAUAGGUUUGACAAUUGAUGACUUAGAAGAACUAGGAAUAGGGCCGAUUGGUCAUCGCAAAAAAAUUUUUAAAAUUAUCCAAAGUACAAAAGCCCAGAUUGAAGGUGGUUUUAACAAAAACAGACAUGCAAGCGUAUCAUCUAAACUAAAGUUAGUUCCUUCAUUAAAAAAGUAA